AUGGGCGGUAUUGAAGGAUCGACGACCAAGAAGUCCUGGCAGGAAUUGCAGGCAGCAAAAAAGGCUGAGCAGGACUCAAGAAUACCAGUAGAAUGGAAGUUGAAACCAGAAGACAUUCCGCCGGAGGACACAGUUGACCUCCGCCCCUUUAUUAACAGAUACGGGAUAUUGUCGCCGGCUGAGUUAGCAAUCACCAGCGACGAGUAUGACGCAACAUCGCUAGCGGCCGCCAUUGCCACAGGCAAAUUCACAGCCGUAGAGGUCGUGACGGCAUUCUGUAAACGUGCUGCGAUAGGCCAUCAGCUCUGCAACAUGCUGACGGAAAUCAUGUUCGCGGAUGCGAUAGAGCGGGCCAAAGAAUUAGAUGACAUUCUCAAAAGCACGGGGAAGGUGGUCGGGCCUCUGCAUGGGGUUCCUAUGACUUUCAAGGAGUGCUUCCAUUUCAAGGGGUACGACUCGACGAAUGGGUACAUGUCCCGAGUCUUCCAGCCGGCCGACCGCACGUCACCUCUGCCGGAACUCUUGCAAGCUACUGGGGCGGUAAUCAUUUCGAAGACAAAUGUGCCCCAGACGAUGCUGGUUGCGGAGAGCCAUAACAAUGUAUUCGGGCGCACCAAGAACCCCGUGAACUCCCGCUUGACAUGUGGCGGAAGUAGCGGUGGCGAGGGUGCGAGCCAGGCCUUUCGUUGCAGUGCUCUCGGAGUCGGAACGGAUGUAGGCGGAUCGGUACGAAUACCAGCUGCUUGCAACGGCGUUUACGGGUAUAAGCCAAGUUUCGGGAUCAUCCCCAUGAUCGGGUAUUCCUACUCUGGAUGGACGGGUUCUAACACCGGGAUUCCAGCUGUGACAGGUCCCCUGGGCCAUUCCGUGCGUGACCUUGACCUGUUCACUCGCAUCGUCAGAGAUGCGAAGCCUUGGGAUUUCGACCCUGCCGUCAUUCCGAAUAUCAUGGAACUCGGCACUGCAGUAUCGCGAAAACCCAUCGUCGGCGUCAUCCACGCAUCAGGCCUUACGCCUCACCCGCCGGUCCGCCGAGCCCUACGCGAAGCCGUAGCCAAGCUCGCAGCAGCCGGGUUCGAGAUCAGGGACUUCGAUCCGCCGGACUUCAUCGGCAUCCGCGACAUAUCAGAGCAGCUGUUCACGCUAGACGGGCUCUCGUUCCCAAAGCAGGAGUUCGCUAGGUCGGGCGAGCCGAUCGUGCCCAGCGUCAAGAAGAUCGGGUUCUUGGACCUCCCGCGGAAGACGCAGGAGGAGGCGUGGCAGUGGAAUACCAAGAAAUUGGGGACCCAGAAGCAGAUGCUGGACGAGUGGCAGAGGGUGGGCUGCGAUGUCGUUCUGGCGCCGGCCGGUCCGCAUACGGCGGUUUUGCCGGGGAAGUGGACGAGCGAUAUUUAUACUGUGGCUUGGAACGUGGUCGACUACCCUGCUAUCGUCAUCCCCUUCACGCACGCCGAUCCGGCUCUCGACCCCGUGGAUGCCGAGUUCAGGCCUUUGCACGAGGCCGACCGGAAGAAUCAAGACAUGUAUGACUCGGAGCUUUUCAAAGGCGCGCCUGUGGCAUUGCAGAUUGUUGGGCCGAGAUUAGGGGACAAACAACUACUCAAGGACGUCGAGCUGCUUGACAGUGUACUGAACGGUACCGCUUGAUCUACUUGAAUCAUCGACGUGUUUGAUCUUUGGCCUACUAGGUAGUAGCAUCUGUCUCCUGUUCGUACCUAUCUGACCACAGGACAGUGCGCUCUUUGCUCGGCCACCUGCUUUUACAGCUGAUCUUAAAGCAAACUAACGAGAGUGUCUUUUAAAUAAGGACC